AGUCGCGUGCUGGUGCGCGCGCUGCGCAUAUAUUUCCGUCGCAGUUGUCGCAGUCUCGCGAGUUAACAAUAAAUAAAGGCGGCGGUUUUCGCACAUUGCUAGUUACGAGUUAACAACCCAUCGAAGCGAAACGCGCUUGUGUUUGUAUGUGAUUGUGCGCGCCUGUGUGGAAACAUUUCCCGUAUCCCGUUGCGCAUCUGUUUUCGGAAAUAUUUAAAUGCGCAGAUCGUAAAAACAACAUUAUUAAGUCUAACUUGAAAUAUUCGUCUCUUUUCAAGAGUCGCCACAAUUCAGCCGUGAUUUAAGACGUUCAAUUAUUUAUUUGCUACCACAACAUAUCACUUUAGUUGGUGCACGACUGCGGCAGAAUGAUGGAUUACCUGCAACGCGCAGCCAAUUUUGUGCUCAGACGUGCCGAAAAACCGUUGCCGCCGCCACCGCAGGACGAAGAGAUGACCAAACUUGAUGCGUAUGUCAAUCUUGCCUGUAAGGUCAUCUCCUGGGAGGACGCGACGCUCACCUGGAUUAGUUUUCUUUGUCUCAAUUUAUUAUACUCGUUGAUUAUUUAUUACGAAACGCGGUUCUACUGCAUAGUAUUCUCGACGGCGGCGCUCUUUGUGGUGCUGGACUACUACGACGAUGCCAUCAAGUUCAAGAACUUGAAGCGUUACCUUCGUGUCAGCGAUGUCACGGCAUGGUGCUCAACAUUCAUGUAUAAUAUGCAUUGUUGGAAACGUGAUAAUCCGUCGUUGUUUUGUGGCGUAAUGACAACGUUCUUCCUCACGCUCAGUUUCAUCGGACGCACAAUUUCUGGCCGAGUACUUGCAUACUUUGUUCUGCUUGGUGUUUACUUUGGUCCGGCCCUGGUGAAACUUGCACCCAAAGAGGUGCAGAAGAGUUUUUGGGAUUUUGUCAAAGUUGUACGAAGUCCAGAAAUUGUUAAUGAACAGGAGUUAUUACCACUGAUAACGGAAAAUUACGACGAUGACAAAGAUGACGAGACGAGAACUCAAGAUUCUUUCACGUCGUCUCUAAUAAGUGGAAUCUCAUCGAUGCCCUCGCAUCUUGACGCCGAUGCAGGCUUGCCCGGCCUGCAAGAAGACGAUCUUUUGCCCUCAGAGCGAAUUCGACAACGCGCAUCGGCCGUUGCAGACUUUUCUAGCGACUCCAGCGACUCAGACAUGGAUUUAGAUCAGGCGGAUGGAAUGCACUUUGACAGCAAGCACUUCACUGGCAACUCGUCCUCGGGCAGCGAGGAUGAGCACCGUUACGAGAAGGGCUUGCGCUUCUCCGACGUGCGGGACGCGUCGGUGUUAGGCGCUCAAUCUCCUCAAUCGUUUGCUGGCGGCAUGGUGAGCAGUCUCGCCGCUGUGGGCAGCAACCUUCUGAGCAAUCUGCAUUCGAAUUUUGCUAGUCAGCACACAACUAAAGAACGCACGGCUACUAUGCGCCGCGACAGCAGCGAUAACAGUGACUUUGAGAUCAUUGACAAGGACGACUCCGAUGCGGGAGGUGAUACAUAACGUCAUCGUGAUGAUGCAAAUGUGGCGAACCUACGCCGCUGGUUUUGAUUACCAAUUUUAACCUACUUGGAUGGAAUAAUAUUUAUUUUGUGAUACCUAUUUAAACUUUGCGAAACUACUACUGGUAGGAUAGGAUUUUUAAUUUAUUUUUAAAAUGUAUGACAAAUAAGCAAGUUGUGAAAUGAUAUACUUAAUUAUUUAGGAUUAUUGGAACACAAGCAGAGCGUUACUCAAAUCAAAUUGAAUGAAUCAAAAGUAAUAAAUACUACCCUGAUGCUUUUAA